GCCGUGAAUUCACUGUUUCUGAAGGUGUGCAUUUUAUCCCCCUCGCCUUGCCUGUCUUCUGGAUCUUGUUCUUCGUUCCUCAGUAUCCACCCGUUCCUGCUACGGUACAUGAGACAGUAAGCAGACAACGGGAAUACAGGUACUGGAGGUUAGUCCGUCAGUAACGCUUCUUAUCUAAAGUGUGUUCGCUACCCUUCGCUUGCUCGAUUCCUCACCGCGCCUCCAAUUAUUUCCUCUCUUUCUUUGCUUUCUCUUCCCUUCUUUCCUUUCUUCUUUCUCUCCUCCUCCUCCCUCCUCCCGCUCCUCCCCGUCGUUGCGACUACACCUCUCCGCCCGCUCCCCUUCCCCCGUUGCUCUCGCUGUUUCCCUUACAACGGUACCCUAUCACGCUCACGCACCGACUCGUCACCAGUGACCAGUCAUCCAUCAUAUCCUCUCUCUCCUCUCACUACUCCUCCCCUCUUCCCUCUUACCCACAAUUUACCUAUUCAAAUAGAAUAGCCCACUCGCUUCACAGCCCCACCAGCCAUUCUACCCUUCCAUCUUUUCUAUUAUACAAUCAUCUUCCCGCCUGCCGCGACAUCUACCAUUCUAAACUUGUUUCCGGUUAUCUCCACUCUUUCGCUCGUCAACCGCUGCUCCGAGCCCAACGCUCCCUCUCGCCCAGUAUAUUCCACAAGCAUCUAUCUGCUCGACCAGAUAGUAAGCUUCCGUCGUAUGACACAUAAGGUCGACGCCAUCUUCUCAAACUUAGCCGCCACACCAACCUUACGGUAGCAGCUUCGAAGCUUGCUUGUUCUCGCCCAACCUCGACCUCGGAUAAGGAACGAUACGAGCUUAUAGUUAUGUCUUCACGACAUCCGUCCUCGAGUGGGGGACCAACGCCGGAUUCGCUGGUAGGGGAUUUUAGAGUGGGCAAAGAAAUUGGCAGAGGGUCUUUUGCUGUUGUGUUCAAGGGACACCAUGUGAAAAAUCCGAAAUCACUAGCUGCUGUCAAGGUGGUACAACGAGGGAAGCUUAACCGAAAGCUUCUCGAAAACCUCGAGUCAGAAAUCCAGAUUCUUAAGAAACUGGAUCACUCACAUAUUGUCGCCCUGAAGGAUUGCAGCAAGAAUGACAAAUACAUUUAUAUCGUCAUGGAGUACUGCUCCGUCGGUGAUUUGUCUACCUAUCCCCAUGUUCCUGGAAGUGGGCUGCACGAGGUUGUCGCCAGGCAUUUUAUGAAGCAACUUGCCAGUGCACUUGAGUACCUAAGAAAAUUCGGAUUGGUUCAUAGGGAUGUAAAGCCACAAAACUUGUUAUUAGAUCCACCUGCCGGAUAUGAUUCCAGGACCCCGCUUGCCGAUUUUGGAUUUGCUAGAAAUCUACCCGCUGCCUCCUUGGCAGACACUUUAUGUGGAUCGCCGCUCUAUAUGGCGCCGGAAAUUUUGAGAUAUGAGAAGUACGAUGCUACUGCCGAUUUGAAAAUUGAGACCAAAGGCGAUACCAUUGAGUUCCCUAGUUCGUGCACAGCAAGCGAGGAGAUCAGAAGAUUGAUAUGUAGUUUACUGAGGAGAAACCCCUUGGAGAGAAUGUCAUUCAAGGAGUUUUUCAGUCACCCUGUCAUCACUGGGCCAAUUCCUGGUGCCUCCAUUGCCCUGGUUUCCGAGCCAAUGAAGAAGGCAAGGAGUAUGGAUACUCCCAAAGCAAGCCCCACAUCAAUACAGAGGACCCCCUCUUUACGAGCACUGGGUGAUGGGAGAGAGCUUGGAACCGACCGAGAAGGAAGGCGAACUCCUCAACAAACUCCUCCAUCCCCACGGCUCCGACAGGCCGUAGAAUCCUCCGCCCUUCCCUUUGCCCAUACUAGCCCUAUAUCCGCAACCCCCCCUCUCAGAUUAGCGGAUGUUCGUAGGGCUACGACCCAAGGUGCCCAAGCACCACCGCUAUCUCCAUUAUCAAGGCCCGCGAUGGAUAGACAUGCGAAGCGCAAUUCGACUGCUCGCGAGAUGCGUCCGCUCGAGGAGGAGCGAGUUGAGAAGGAUUAUGUUUUUGUGGAUAAGCAGUUUGUCCAGGUCAAUGCCUUUGCAGAUGAGUUCGCCACUGUUAGGCGGAAUGGUAUGACCCCACCGUCACCUUCUUCGAGCGCUUUGUCACGUAGACCAACAUCUGGGGGUCAAGGCGCCACAAAUGCAAUCGCUGUCACCGGCAGACGUCAGGAUGGUGGAUAUCCAAGAAACUCGUAUGAAAGACGGUAUGGGCCUUCUCCUGGCUCUGCUCCUUCUCCCUCGCCGAGCUCGACUCGGUCUGCGCUUGCUAAGGCAUUGGAGCUUGCCAACCUUCGUCUGUUUGGUGUUAGUAUCUCACCUCCUCGUCAUAGCCCACCUGGUGUGCAGUCACCAUACCCCACGUACCCGAAUAAUCCCACUAGCAUGGUUAUGGUUCGCAAUGAGGGUGGUCCAUCGGAUGACGAUAUGCAAGCUGUAUACAACAUUGAGGAUGCUGCCAGCAGGAGCGAUGUUGUUUACAAUUUUGCUGAGGUUAAGCUUGCGCAAUUGAUACCUGCUGUGCCAGCGCCUGUACAUGGAUUAGGGUUGCUCCCUCCAUCAGCAAGCGAAGGGGACCUUGGACUUCCUGUUGAGCCUGCGCCGUCGAAUGAGUUCGACCUUACCCCCGAUGCGGUUGUUCAACUCGCGGAGGAAGCACUCGUAUUGUAUGUCAAAGCUCUUGGGAUACUCGCGAAGGCUAUGGAUAUUGCUGGGGCAUGGUGGAAUACCUCCAACAGGCGGAAUAACCAAACAUCACCAGCUAUGUCAGCCGCGAGCAUGAGAAUGAACAAUUGUGUGCAGUGGGUCCGCGACCGAUUCAACGAGGUUCUUGAGAAGGCAGACUUUGUUAAGUGCAAAUUGAUCGAGGCUCAGAAAUUGCUGCCAUCAAGUCACCCGAGUCACCCUAAUAAUCAGAAUGAUGAUAGCGAUGGAUCCUUGGAUGCUAGUGGUGAUAGAGUUGUGGUGACGCCUGGUGUCACCGCGGAGAAAUUGAUGUAUGACCGCGCCCUUGAAAUGAGUAGGGCAGCAGCAGUCAAUGAAUUGGUUGGGGACGACCUUAAUGGAUGUGAGGUAGCUUAUGUUACAUCAAUCCGAAUGCUGGAAGCGGUCUUGGAGAACGAUUCUGUCGACCAAAAUGAUGGAGACGUCCGCAUGGAGGAAGAAGAUAGAAUGAUAGUCGAGAGCUAUGUCUCAAGCAUCCGCAAAAGACUCGUUUCCCUCAGGAAGAAGAUGUCGGAGGUUUCCAAGCGGUCAUCCGGCAUCCAUUCAAUACCAAGCUCGCCUUUACAGCCGUCCUCGUCUCCCCUGAUGGGGGUCUCUCCUAAGUAAAACCCGCGAGGUCGAUUCACACCAGAGCAUUGCGUCCCCUGCGCAGGAAUCGUGAGGGACAGAGGACAUCAAAUCUCUGCACAGCGCUCGCGAGUUCUCUCUUUCUAUCUACUUUUUUUGCAUUGCAAUGUCUAUUUUGGGUUCUCAGACACUUUUCUUUUUUGUACGAGAUUGCCGGUUUGUCGUAUUUCUUUCGGGGGUUUCAUUGGAGGAUAUGGUCGUGCGUUUUCGGCGUUUUUAUCUGCGUGUUCGUUCUUUACUCAUUGACCUUCCCAGGGCCGGGAUUUCAACCUUGGCCAAUUAAACUGGAUGAAGACUAUUUUAUGAUUUCUCACGAUCUCUGUUUCUUCAUGCAUCAAGCACAUUUCAUAUAACUUCAUGAAUGUUUUUUUAUUUAUUUACUCAUAUAUUUAUAUUUCUUUGGGGGGAGGGGGUUGGCUGGUUAGUAGGGUCAGGUCGGUCACGGUCUUGGUUCGGUGGCGGCGGGGCAUUACGAGAUGGCAAACAGGAUGAGCGGCUCUGGCCUUUUUGUAUUCCAAGGUUCUUAUUGUGUAUGAUUAUGGCGUCUUGUUAUGCUACAAAGUCAUCUUUCUUCAUCGAAAGGGAUCUUUCUAUGUUGGUUGUGUUUUUUCCCUUUUUCCCUUGCUUUCCCGCGGAUCUCGAGCUUUACGGGGAUGUCAGGGGGAUGAUGGUGGGAAGGGGCUGUGUUCAUGGUCAUUUGAUGCGGCGCACUUUGGGCGAGGGCAUUACAUUCCCAGCAGAUUGGCGGCUUUUACUCUUUCUGGAUCAUGUAUUCUAAAUCCCUGGUUUCUGGGUUCUUUUUCAUUCAUUUGUUCUCAUCUAUUAUUUAUUUACUUCCUUCCAUUUUCUCGGAUCUCUGUGUGUCUUUCUGCUUUUGGUGUUUCAUCCGUUCGGGAUAGGCAUCGGGUCGUUGGCGCAUCGGUUUUUCCUUAUUCCCUUUGCUUAGUCUUAUUCACUCUCUGCUGUUCAUUCGUAACUACGCACUUUAUGUUUUUUUUUACAUUUUUUUCUUUUCACAGGUCUUUCUCUGAGAAAAGGGAAAAGAGAAAAAAGAAAGAAAAAGGACGGUGUUCGGGAGAUUGGGGAUCAUUGCGACAUGGUGUUUGGAAAGUUUUGUUAUAUAAUAUCAUGUUAUUAUUCCUUUUCCCUUUUUGUUGUCUUCCGUAUUUUCAUCUCUUGUUAUUGAUAAUUCUUAUUGGAUGGAAUUCGUGACCCAUCACUUGGAGUUCAAUACCUAAA